UCCCUAAACUCUCGCAUCUUGCCACAACCUUCCUCUAUUCCUCCGCCCCCGCCCCCCUGCGCCUCUUUUGUCUCGAACUUCUUCCAAGGCAUCGGAUUUCCUUCCCUCUUCCUCGUUGCCGUGGGAUUCGUUGGCUGCGACAAAAAUGCUGCAAUCAUCCUCUUCAUAUUCACCGUAGGCUCCAUGGGCUUCACCAACUGCGGUUUUGUACCGAACUCUAUGGAUAUUGCACCUGAAAUGGCGGGUAUGUUAUUCUCUCUCGUCGCUCCCAACUUUCGCUACAUCACCAUGUUUAUUUAG